ACUUCCCACCCGAGAACCCAUCUCUAUACAUAUAUCGUGUAUUAGCGACCUCGCCUGGAAAUCCCAAAUUGUAGCACGCCAUGAAAAACCCUAAGCACGCCGGUGCAAGGGCUUCCUCCCAGAAGACAUCCUCCGCCACUGCUCCCGUCAGCGCCGACAGACGGAAAUUCCAUUGGGAAUCAUCCAAAAACGCUCCCUCCGAGCGCAAAGCUCCCUCCGAUUCCACCCCUUCCAAGGAAGACAUUCCAGGGCCCUCCUCCGGGCCGACGAAACCUCCAACCGGCCCAAGCCAUCCCGCCGCAACUCUCCCGCCGUCGUUGCACCAUCUUAAUGCGGCUUCGUCUCCACCUCAUCCUCCAUAUGGCUUCCACAACCUCGAGCGCCGCACCAUCGUACUUGCCGACGGCACGGCCCGCUCCUACUUCGCUCUCCCUCCUGAUUACCAGAUGGAUACCCGCGGCGAUAAGUUCUUCCAUUCUGCUCACCCGCAAGGUUUCGAUCCGCGCUUCCAUCCGUCUUUCGGCCCCGAAGGCUUCCGCGAGCCACCUCCGUUCGCCCGCGGCGCUGACUACGGGUCUUCCCUCGGGAUCGAGGGGCCCGCGGGUCCUCCCGGGUCGUCCUCGCUGAAGCGUAAGUACGGGGAAGAAGAAUUUGCUUGGCAUCGGCAGCAAGCGCUGCAGCACGGAAGCUCUGCUGCGAAUCCGAUGGGUUUUUCUUCAGGGUCAAUCGGUGAUGGCUUGGGCAGGGCUGGCAGCCCUUCUAGAAAGGAGCAUAUCGAUGACUUGAGACUGUCGAAGCAGGUAAAGUUGGGGAGUGAAGGCUAUGAUGAUUUGCCAGCUCGGCGGGUACGUGCAGAAGGAAAUGAAUCUCUGAUGGCUAGUGAUGUGGAUCAGAAGGCAUUGAAGGAUGCCUUUCUAAGGUUGUCCAAGAGCAUCAACGAGAACCCAACACGUAGGAUGAAUUAUUUAGAGGACGGGAAGAAUGGGCCGUUGCAGUGCAUUGUGUGCGGCAGGGGUAGUAAAGAUUUUACAGAUGUUCAUGGACUUGUCAUGCAUGCAUACCAUUCUCAAAAUUCUGAUUUGCGAAUUGAGCAUCUUGGGUUACACAAAGCUUUGUGCGUUAUGUUGGGCUGGAACCAUGCAAAGGUACCUGAUAUCUCCAAAGAGUAUCAAUCUUUAACUGCUGAUGAAGCAAGAGCAAAUAGGGAAGAUCUUAUUUUAUGGCCACCAACAGUUAUAAUACAUAAUACAAGCACAGGAAAGAAGAAGGAUCGUCGUACGGAGGGUUUGGGUAACAAAGAGAUGGAUGUCAAACUAAAAGAACUUGGCUUUGGUGGCGGUAAGGCAAAGUCUGUAUAUGGGAAGGAAGGCCAUUUGGGGUUUACGGCAGUUAAGUUUUCAAAUACUGAAGUUGGUCUAAAAGAGGCUGAGAACUUGGCAGAAUUUUUUGAGAAAGACAACCGUGGACGUAGAGGUUGGGCUCGUGUGCAAGCUUCUCAGUCUGGCAAUAAUGAAGAAAAAAACCCAGACUUAGUUAAGGUGGACAAGAAGACUGGUGAGAAGAGUAGGAUCUUUUAUGGGUAUCUGGCAACUAGCAUGGAUCUUGACAAGGUUGAAUUUGAUAUGAGGAAAAAAGCGGUCAUCAAAAGUCGGAAAGAAUUAGAUUUUGACUGAUUUAGCACUUUUACAAUGUAUACUCUUUAAGGUUAUGAUAAGCUGCGGAACUUAGCUUGGGUAAUAUUUGCCUUUCCCACAUGGGAAGAAGAUAUAUGUACCGGAGUUAAUUUAUCUUUGGCUGUUUUUACAUUUCGAGCCAUUUUAGGUGCUUAUGGCUUGUGGUUUUGAAUGUUAUUUGAAAUUGCAAUUCUUAGUGAAUUUGUAUGCUAUGAAGAAUUUUAUCAC